AUGAGUAUGAAGAAUAAGAAAGGCCCUACCCAGGCCGAAUUGCUAGUCAAGACGUGUGCCGAGAUCGUCAAUGAACUUGUUUAUGCUGUGGAGAACAAGAAGGAUGUGAAUUUGAAUGGGUUGAAGCAUCGGAUCGCGCGCAAGAACAAGCUCACUUGUUUGCCCAAGUUGGUGGAUAUCAUUUCGGCUAUUCCUGAUCAACACCGUACAGCUUUAUUGCCCAAACUCAAAGCAAAGCCCAUCCGUACUGCCUCUGGUAUUGCUGUUGUGGCUGUCAUGUGCAAGCCUCAUCGUUGCCCUCACAUUGCCAUGACAGGCAAUAUCUGCGUUUAUUGUCCUGGUGGCCCUGAUUCCGAUUUCGAAUACUCGACACAGUCUUAUACUGGUUAUGAGCCAACAUCCAUGCGUGCCAUUCGUGCUAGAUACGAUCCUUACGAGCAAUCCCGUGGUCGUGUGGAGCAAUUGCGUAGCUUGGGUCACUCGGUGGAUAAGGUCGAAUACAUCAUUAUGGGUGGUACCUUCAUGUCCAUGGCUGAAGAUUAUCGCAACUGGUUUAUCGCCAACUUGCACGAUUCCUUGUCCGGUCAUUCAAGCAAUGAUGUCGAUGAAGCUGUCAGAUAUUCCCAACAAAGCCAGACCAAGUGUAUUGGUAUCACCAUUGAGACACGUCCUGAUUACUGCUUGAAGCCCCAUUUGAGUCAAAUGUUGCGAUAUGGUUGUACACGUCUUGAAAUUGGUGUCCAAAGUGUGUAUGAGGAUGUGGCAAGAGACACGAAUCGUGGUCAUACGGUGAAGGCUGUUUGCGAAUCAUUCCAGCUUGCCAAGGAUGCCGGUUUCAAGGUGGUAUCUCACAUGAUGCCUGAUCUUCCCAAUGUUGGCAUGGAACGUGAUAUUGAGCAAUUCAAGGAAUACUUUGAGAACCCUGAUUUCCGUUCGGAUGGUUUGAAGAUCUACCCUACGCUUGUCAUUCGUGGUACUGGUUUAUACGAAUUGUGGCGGACAGGUCGUUAUCAGAACUAUACUCCCAAUGCCUUGGUGGAUCUCGUCGCUCGUAUCCUUGCUUUGGUGCCACCAUGGACUCGUAUUUAUCGUGUGCAGCGUGAUAUCCCUAUGCCUUUGGUGACUUCGGGUGUCGAGCACGGCAACUUGCGUGAACUUGCUCUCAAUCGUAUGAAGGAUUUGGGUACCGAGUGCCGUGAUGUGCGUACGCGUGAAGUGGGUAUUACAGAAAUCCAUCACAAGAUCCAACCAGACCAAGUCGAAUUGAUUCGACGUGAUUAUACAGCCAACGGUGGCUGGGAAACCUUCUUGUCGUAUGAGGAUCCCCAUCAAGAUAUCCUUGUUGGCUUGUUGCGUUUGCGAAAGUGCUCACCACAAACAUUCCGCCCUGAAUUGACAUCCGCUGGUCAAACUUCAAUGGUUCGAGAGUUGCACGUUUAUGGAAGUGUUGUACCUAUGCACGACCGUGAUCCUACCAAAUUCCAGCAUCAAGGUUUUGGUACACUAUUGAUGGAGGAAGCUGAGCGUAUCGCAAGAGAGGAGCAUGGCAGUGUCAAAUUGAGCGUCAUCUCUGGUGUGGGUGUCCGCCAUUAUUACGCCAAGCUUGGUUAUUAUCUGGAUGGCCCAUACAUGUCAAAGAUGCUUGUUUAA